GCGAGAAGAGUUAUUGAAGAGUUGGGAUCUUCCAGAGGAGUUAUCAAACGGGUCGGGAGUAUGGGCCACCAACGGCGACCCUUUCUCGGUAGUUCCUACUGAAUCACAGACCAAAGAUGCGGGGUUGGAAAAUUUAUAUGUAGAUACAUGGGAUAACGGAAUUCCACAAAGUAAUUAUGAUGAAGCAAACCCUAACAAAAAUGGAUUACAAUCCGAAUUGCUUGCUACAAUUGAGAAAAGGCAAGUUCAACUUAUACCUGUACCAGAAAAAGGGAUGGAGUUCUCAUCCGAGAAGGAGGCUUAUGAGUAUUACAAGAAGUAUGCUCAACAAAUUGGUUUCUCUGUAAGAAAAGGAAAGCUAAACCACUUGGCAAAUGGAACCAUUAGAAAACGAUAUUUGUUUUGUUCCAAAGAAGGUUUCAGAUCGACCAAGUCAUCAUCCAACAACAUAAAGAAGUACCAGAGAAGAGAAACAAGAACGGGUUGCAAAGCCAACAUCCAACUUACAGUUGAAGGUGGCAAGUGGUUGAUCUCCGAUGUGGUACUUGACCACAAUCAUGACCUUGACAGGUCAACAAUACAAUGGUCUCUAUGUAGUAGUGUAAAGGAGGAGAAUUUAUUCACUGGUUAUAACUCUAAGGAGCCUGAGCCUUCAACAGAACACCCUAUAGACCAUAUCAAUGCCUCAACCAAUAAAGAUGGUGGGGCUACAAACAACUUGGAUUACAAUAAUUACCUGCCUCAUAGCACCUUGAAUUCUCUACAACCAUAACAUGUUCAGAGCUUAAUAGAUUGCUUCAAACAUUUGCAAGUGGAAGAUCCCUCAUUUUUAUACACAAUCCAAGUUGAUGCUGAAAGCCACUCCACAAACUUCUUUUGGAGGGAUGGCAGGUCAAGGAUUGACUAUGAUUGUUUUGGUGACAUUCUACUUUUGACUUAAUCAUUUGAGGUGGUCCAGCUGGAAAGAUGCAAUAUGAUUUGUGCAUCGUUUUAGGGCGUUAAUCAUCAUCAGCAAUGUAUCUUAUUUGGGUGUGCUUUGUUGCUUAAUGUAAGUAAAGACUCCUUUCUCUGGUUGUUGAAAACUUUUAUGGAAACAAUGGGUAACUGUCCGCCAAAAACAAUCUAUACCGACGAGUCUGAAGCCAUUGCUAGUGUAGUAAAGGUGGUGUUUCCAGAGACAGAGUACCGUCUUGGUAUGUGUUAUAUCACUGAAAAUGCUAAAAAACACCUUUCCACAUGUUAUGAGCGCUGCCUUAAUUUUGAGAGCACUUUCAAUAGAUGUAUCUUUGAAUGUUCUUCAAAGCAAGAGUUUGAAUCAGAAUGGAAUUUGUUACUAGACAAAUAUGGCCUCCUAGGGAAUUCAUGGCUUAAUAGGCUAUUUGCGUUAUGCGAAAAAUGGUCUCAUUUGUUCUUUAACAAUAAGAAGACCUUCACUGCUGGAGUAGAAUCAAUAUUAAACAGCAUGACCAUUAAUACUGUUUUUCAAACUUCAGAGGGUACUGACAUCAUGACUUUACCCGGUUUUGUUCAACAAUGUGUUCAAGAAGCAGAGAAGAGGCGUUUAGAAGAAACAAAUGAAGAUUUUUGUACUUGCAAUGAAACAGUGUUUUCUAAAUCAAGAAAAGGGUUGGAGAAGCGAGGAGGAUAUAUAUACUGGCACAAUAUUGAGAAUGUUCAAGAAUGAAUAUGUUAAAAGCAUAAAACUAGAAAUGGAAGAAGUUACUAGUUUGGAAGGUGUUUCCAUGUUCAAAUUCAUAGAGAAAAGCUGCAAGAAGGAUGAAGGUGUUUCAUUAAUGUUUAAUAGUUCAGUUCCCUCCAUUGCAUGUGGUCGUGCAAAAUUCGAAUCAUUUGGUAUUCUAUGUAGUCAUUCUUUAAAGGUGCUCUGUGCAAAAAAUGUAUCUCAUAUACCAGAUAAAUAUGUGCUGAGGAGGUGGACAAAAUGUGCAAAAAAGGCGGUUGUGAUGGAAGACCAGAGAGAAGAGAUGGCUGGUGAGAGCAACAAGCAAUCAAGUUUGUAUUCAGGAAAACUCAUGCACAGAGCUUUACAUCUCAUUGCUAAGAGCGCACACCAAGGAAGGAGACAAGGAGAAUAAUGGAAGAUUGCCUAGAUACUGCACAGAAAAAGGUUGAAAAUGUUUUGAAAACAAAAGGGAUUAAGUAUUUGAGCUUAAAAAAUGUCGAAGUUGAUUGUGAAGAUGGCUGUGAUAGCAUAGACGACUGUGGUAGUUACAAAGCAAGGAAAAGGAUUGGAUCAAAUUCCUCUUUUAUCAAUCAAGAGGAAGGAAGAAAGAAAAAGAAAUGACAAAUAACAUAUAGUAAGUGAGAUCAAUCAACAUUUUCCUUAAUUCUAUCUUUUUCAGUACUAAACAUAAGUCUUUGAUGUUUAAGAG